UAGAAAGGAAAAAAGGGGGGAGAGAGUAUGGUUGGAUGGAGAGAAAAUCCCAAGCAUGUUAGUUUGAAAGAGGGAAGAGACGAAAAUGGGACAUUGCAUUGGCCGGAAAUAUAAAGAGAAACGCAUGGAAUAUGAUUCCGUCCAAGCCGGUCAUCAUACUAGGACUGUGACCGGGCCUUGAACGGUCAGACGGGCAGCCUCGUAUAGUUCUCAAACCACCGUUCCGAACCAGUUUAGUAGAUGGUGGCCAACUCCACGAGGGAACACAAGAGGGAAUGAAGGGUGGAAUCCGGGCUACUCGUCCAACGAAUCUGAAUCAAAUUUGAGUGGCCAGGUUUAUUCGAGGGCUCUCUCUUGGAUUAUAGAUCUUGGGUUGGUUUAGGCAGCAGCAGGUUAUACUUGGGUCACGGAUACAAAUUUAGCUUCUGAAAUCAAAAGAUAAAUGACAAAUGUAUCAACCUAAGGCUGUUCCUAGUCCAAGUUUAGUUCACAACAACUCGUUAGUUCAUGGUCAGCAUUCAGAUUGUGGUGCCAGCACAAUGGAUCCCAUCAAUGGAGGAAACAGUCUCAACAACAACCCUAGUCUCACUUCAAAGCAACGAUUGCGUUGGACUCAUGAGCUUCAUGAACGCUUUGUUGAUGCUGUUGCACAACUUGGUGGUCCAGACCGGGCUACACCCAAAGGUGUCCUUAGAGUCAUGGGUGUGCAAGGUUUAACAAUAUACCAUGUCAAAAGCCAUUUGCAGAAAUAUCGACUUGCAAAGUACCUUCCGGACUCAUCAUCUGAUGGGAAAAAAGCUGACAAGAAAGAGUCUGGGGAUAUGCUUUCCAGUAUGGAUGGUUCUUCUGGGAUGCAAAUUACUGAGGCACUCAAGCUGCAGAUGGAGGUGCAAAAGCGACUGCAUGAGCAAUUGGAGGUGCAAAGACAGCUUCAGUUGCGAAUAGAAGCCCAAGGAAAGUACUUGAAGAAGAUAAUAGAAGAGCAACAGCGACUCAGUGGGGUUAUUACAGAAGUGCCUGGUUCCGGGGUUUCUGUCCCAGUAUCAGGUGACAACUGUCUAGAAUCCGACAAGACUGACCCAGCAACUCCUGCACCAACCUCGGAGGGGCCCCUCCUAGAUAAGGCUGCAAAGGAAACUGCUCCAGCCAAGAGUCUUUCAAUAGAUGAAUCUUUUUCAUCCCAUCAUGAGCCACUGACACCAGAUUCCGGUUGCCAUGUCAAUUCCCCUGGUGAGAGCCCAAAAGGUGAGAGAUCAGUGAAGAAGCAGCGGGUGAGCAUAGGUGCAGCAUAUGCCAAACAAGAGAUGGUUCUUACGCACCAGAUACUAGAGUCAAGCUUAAGUUCCUCCUUCCAUCAACCACAUUCAGUUUUUCUGAACAGAGAUCAAUUUGAUCCUCAAGCAGGGAUAUCAAUCAGCAAUGAAGACCAACUGGAAAAGGUUCCAAGCAGCAAUCACUAGGUCAGUAUGCUGCAUGGUAUUUUCUGGGCUUAAUUUAUACCCUGUAUGUGUAGUUGCUAGGAAAAAAAUUUCAUUAGGUCAAGGAACCAAUGUUGAGUUUAGAUGUCAUGAGACAAUUAGGUUUAAGACACUUUUAUUGGAACUUACUCUUUUUUUUAGAAAAAAAAAAAAACCUGGGGUUUCAUCAAAUGAGAUGAUUACUGUGUACAGGGGUGGAGAUGUGAUUGAGAUAACCGUAAACCCCAUUGGGUAUUGCAUCAUUUAUAAUGUUGGAUGCUUCUAUUUCAGUAACUUUGGUAGAUGA